GGCGGAACGGGAGUGAAUGCACAUGCGUACAAGCAGAGAGAGAGAGAGAGGGAUUGCUCCUCGUCUCGUCUGUGCUCCUCCAGCUGCUGCCAUGGCAAGAACUCCACUACUGGGUCUCGCCAUCGCCGCGGCGCUCGUCUUCGCCGUCGCCAUGCCGGCCGUCGCCGAUGCGCAGGCCCCCGCCCCGGCGCCCACCAGCGACGGGACGUCGAUUGACCAGGGCAUUGCGUACCUGCUGAUGAUCGUGGCGCUGGUGCUCACCUACCUCAUCCAUCCUCUGGACGCCUCCUCCCCAUACAGGCUCUUCUGAGCAGAUUUCUCCGUUUUUUUUUGGUAGAAUUAGUAGUGGAUUACCUGAGGAAGGAACUGGUGGUGGUGUGUGUGAGAUUCGGUCCCUAUUCAUCAUUCGUUAUGAAUUCUAUUGGGUUUCGCAUGUGUAUAUUAUUACUGCUAUAUAUCUCCAUGUACAUGAUGUGCUUUGAUGUUUUUUAUUG